AAUAAUUCUAAUUGAUUACAAUUAAAAAUACAAAUUUACUAUUAUUGUGUUCAGUAAUUUGUAGAAUAUACUGCUAUUUUUACAUUCUCAAUUAUAGAUCUAUACAUCAAUGCCUAACUUAGUUCAAACAACUAUUAAAAACGACUUACCUUCAAAAUCAAAUAUUAUUUAAAAUAAUUUGUUUGUUUUUACUUAUUUGAAAACAAUAUUAUAAAUAAUAAAUAAAAUUUUGAAAUAUGGGUGACAUUAAAGAAGAAGACUGGAAUUUACCGGAAUGCAAAUACGAAUAUCUGGACCAUACAGCAGAUAUUCAAAUACACGCUUGGGGAAGUACUUUAUCUGAAGCAUUUGAGCAAUGUGCCAAUGCUAUGUUUCACUAUAUGACAGAGGUUGAUUAUAUUGAAAUGAAAGAGUCAUAUGACAUAGAAGUUGAGGGUCACGAUAUGAUGACUCUUUUGUACAAUUUUUUAGAUGAAUUGUUGUUCAUAUUCAGUGCUGAACCUAAUUAUAUUGCAAGAAAAGUAAAAAUAGAAGAAUUUGACACAACAACAUUUAGAAUUAAAGCUAAAGGCUUUGGAGAAGAGUUUAAACUUGGAAAACAUCCUCAAGGAACAGAAGUUAAAGCCAUAACAUUUUCAAAUAUGCAGAUACAUGAAAAUGAAGGGAAAUGUGAAGUGUUUGUAAUUUUGGAUAUUUAAUAAAUACUUAUGUUUUUGUUUAUUAUUGAGUUUUUGGGUAUAAGUAUAACCUGUAAGAUCACAAUAAAUUAAAUUACUAUAUUAGAAUGUUAUUUAAAUAUAUAAAUUAAUUUAAAUUUUGUAUUGCAAGUAUUAAUAAUAAUGUAAGGGAUCUGAGCCCGCAAUAUGUUCUUUCACAUUUCUUCGUAAUAUUAUUUUUGUAUCAUUAAUUAUUCUUACAUUUUUCUUUGAAUGAGUACUAUUUGGAUAGUAAUAAAUAGAUUUGCUGUUUUCCAAA